GGUGAAAAUUUGGAAGGAAAAUGUCCACCCUCUCAAAAUCAGAUUUGUUGAAAAAAUUUAAAAUAUAGGUAGACCCAACAAAAUUCCCUCCUUUUUAGUACUUAAUCACAUGCACUUAAAAGGUGCUUUAACCCCCCUUAAAAGUUUUGACUUGGGAAAUGUGCAACCCUCUAUUACAAGAAAUAAGAAACGGAGGGAGUAGGAUAUUUAUCAUAUAUUCUAAAAAAAAUAAAUAAAUAAAUAAAUGACGUCGUUUGUAGGCGAAUCAAUCCCCUUAAAGGCUAAAACCCUACAGAAACCCCAAAACACUAGACUCCAUUCUUCAAUUUCUCAGAUUGCCAUAAUUUUUCUCCAUUAUAUUUCUGUAACACCCAUUUGAAGCUUCAUCAAUAUUCUUAAUCAAUUGAAAUAACCAGUCUUUCUGCCAAACCCAUUUAUGCAGGUUGUUUAAUUCUGCUUUUCAAUCAAACCCCAGAUGAAAUCUUUGAGAGUUUUAAGAAAUUUGUCAUCUUUAUCUUCCAAACCCCCCAACAAAACCCAGUUCAAUCCCUCAUUUUUGUGCCAAUUUUUCUCUGCUCAAUCCCAAUUAGAUCAACCAACAACCUCUGAAAAUGAAACUGACAAUGAAGCUUCAACUUUUGACAGUUCCCACUUCACUCUGCCAUCAGAAAACACCCAAAAGUUGAACCCCAUAAAGGUGGAACCCACUUGGGAUGAGAGCUUUAGGGCCAGGGUCAAGAGUAAGGUGUUUGGGGAAGAAGAACCCACAAAGGGGAAAUUGAAGAUUAAGAAGAAGAAGGAGAAGGUGGGGAAAGGCGAGGAGGUGGUGGAGGAGGAGGAGGAGAGGAAGCGGGUGCUAGCUCGAGCGCUACUCGAGGCGGCACUUGAUGUGCCCGAUGAGGAUGAUGAGGAGGAAGAGGGCUUGGAGGUGAAGGUGGAGGAUCAGAAGUCCUUGUCAGUUGGAAUUAUUGGGGCUCCUAAUGCUGGUAAAUCAGCACUGACUAAUUACAUGGUUGGGACUCAAGUUGCUGCUGUUUCACGUAAGACAAAUACAACUACCCAUGAAGUUUUAGGGGUGAUGACCAAAGGAGAUACCCAGAUUUGUUUCUUUGAUACCCCAGGACUGAUGCUUAAAAAGAGUGGAUAUCCAGCUAGGGAUAUUAAAGCUCGUAUUGAAUCUGCCUGGAAUUCAGUUAAUCUAUAUGAUGUGCUCAUAAUCAUCUUUGAUGUUCAUAGACAUCUCACCAGGCCUGAUUCAAGGGUCAUAAGACUAAUAGAGCGCAUGGGGUCUGAACCUAAUUUAAAACAGAAGCGUAUUCUCUGUAUGAAUAAAGUUGAUUUGAUUGAAAAGAAGAAGGAUUUGCUGAAGGUCUCUGAACAAUUUAAGGAUUUGCAAGGAUAUGAAAGGGUUUUCAUGAUAUCUGGGCUGAAGGGUUCUGGCGUAAAAGAUCUUUCUGCAUAUCUGAUGGAGCAGGCAACUGAAAGACCUUGGGAUGAAGAUCCAUUCACAAUGAGUGAAGAAGUUAUGAAAAACAUAUCCCUGGAAGUAGUCCGUGAGAGGUUGUUAGAUCAUGUGCAUCAGGAAAUCCCGUAUGAAAUAGAUCACCGAUUGGUAGAUUGGAAGGAUUUGAGAGAUGGAUCGUUAAGGAUUGAGCAACAUUUUUUAACUCAAAAAGAAAGUCAACGCAAGAUACUUGUGGGGAAAAAUGGCUCAAAGAUUGGGAGGAUUGGUAUGGAAGCAAAUGAGCAGCUAAGGUCGAUUUUUAAGAGAAAUGUCCAUCUCAUCCUGCAGGUUAGAUUAAAAUAGCAUGGAUUCUGGAAGCUCUUAUACUUUUUGUUGUAUAUAUAUCAAGCAUUCCCGAAUUGUUAUGUAUUCCAUUUUUUCAAGUCAAUACAUCAGUUAUAGGUUUAUAUUUUCUUUAUUGUUUGACUUGGAAACAACUAGGAGAUAAAUGUAUCUCAGAACUACAGCUUGGAAUACCCUUGUUCAUUUUCUACAACUUUUUAUACACAAAGUUUUGAUGAAUUUCUAUAUAUCGGUUUGUAUUUGAACAAA